CGUUACCUCAAGCUGCUUCCAAGACUCACCCUCCGACUCAUCACCCUCCCUCUCCAUAAGUACACUCAUUGAUCUCGAGAUCAUCCUCUCAACAAUCCAAACACCCAGCAAAGCGCACAUACCGUUAAGAUGGGCUUCACCGACCUCCUCUCCGACGCCGGACUCAGACUCCUCGAUGAGUGGGUCAAGACUCGCAGCUACAUCGUUGGCUACGGCCCAUCUCAGGCCGAUGUGAAGGUCUACCAAACCAUCAAGAGCGCACCCGCCGUUGAGAAAUACCCCCACGCCUACCGCUGGUACAAGCACACCGCCUCCUUCGAAUCCGACUUCUCCUCUCUCCCCGGCGACCCAAGCAAAGCAGCGACCGCCUACGGCCCUGAGGUCUCCACCCUUCCCAUCAACCCCAAGGCGCCCGAGAAGGAAGAGGAUGACGACGACGUCGAUCUCUUCGGAUCCGACGACGAGGAAGAGGAUGCGGAAGCCGAGAAGAUCAAGGCGCAGAGAUUGGAGGAGUACAGGAAGAAGAAGGAGGGCAAGACCAAGCCCGCUGCCAAGUCGAUUGUCACCUUGGAUGUGAAGCCGUGGGAUGACGAGACCGACAUGAAGGAACUCGAGGCCCACGUGCGCAGCAUUGAGAAGGACGGCCUGGUCUGGGGUGGCUCCAAGCUCGUCCCGGUCGGCUUCGGCAUCAAGAAGUUGCAGAUCAACUUGGUCGUCGAGGACGAGAAGAUCUCCCUCGACGAGCUGCAGGAGGAGAUUGAUGGGUUCGAAGACCACGUCCAGUCCUCUGACAUUGCUGCUAUGCAGAAGUUGUAGGCUCUUGGCCGCACUGGCUUGGGGCGAACUGUCGUUGCCGCGCUCUACGAUAGAUGGAAUGAAAAUGGGGAACGAAGUUUGAAGUUGAAAAAGCUCGGGCAUUUACUUCACUGCGGCAGGUAGAUUACACUCUCCCACUGCACCAUAUGGCUU